AUUUGAAUUAAUUUAAUGGUAAAACAUUGAAAUUCGCCAUGCUGGCUCAGGAACACCAUCUGACAAAAAGUCAGAGUUCUAAAAAUAAAGUAACACCAACGAAGUCUUUCCUGAACAAAUUUUACAUUACACCAGUCAACCAGUUGGAAUUGGUGUCCCAAAGAGUAAAAGACAAUUUUCUGUUGCUGCUAGGUGGUGCUACGAAUGAUUAAUACUGUACAUAUUGCCAUCCAGAUGCAAUCAGGGUCCUUAUCAAACAUGAACAGUUUCGAGCAGAUAUGUCUUGAGACGUUAAUAGCAUGUACCAAAUUUCAUACAAGUAAAACUGUGUUUUAACUUCAUUAAAAUACUAAAGCUGGUUUCUUCUAAUUUUUUGAUGUAGUUCUCCAGGAUUCCUCUUCAAAGCUCUUCUGUCAGUGUCAGCUGUCUUUUGUUCUCUGUUGUUUCUCUCGCAAGAUGCUUUAAUAAUGUUGAGGCCCGGGGUGUGGGGAAGGCCAGUCGAUGAAUGAUAGUGGGUAUGUGUUUUCAAUUUACUGCAUUGGUGGUGUGUUCAGGAUUACUGUCAAGCUGACAAAUGAAGCAGUUACCAAUAACGCGAAAUUCCUUGUGUGUCCCACCACUUGUGUGAUUCUGAUUCACGCGCCGCUGCAAAAAUUCCCACAGUCGUGAAAGCAGCAGAGAUGAUGCUGCCACAGAUCCGUAUUACCUCGCUAGCAGGUUGUAAGCUAACUGAAUACAGGCAGCAAAGUGCGGGCAGAAGGUGAUGUUCCACCCAUUUUAACACAGGCUGAGCACUCCGUGGUUUUCAUCGACUCUUCACAGGCAGGUCUAACUUCCGAACUUUGGCGACAUGACGACGCGAUCUGAGAGAGAAAAAGCCCAGAAACUGAAUGAGCAGCAUCAGGCCAUUCUGUCCAAACUGCUGAGAGAAGAGGAUAACAAGUACUGUGCUGACUGUGAAGCUAAAGGGCCUCGGUGGGCGUCAUGGAACCUCGGGGUGUUCAUGUGUAUCCGCUGUGCCGGCAUCCACCGCAACCUGGGUGUCCACAUCUCCAGAGUCAAAUCUGUCAAUUUGGAUCAGUGGACACCUGAGCAGAUCCAGAGUAUGGUGGACAUGGGCAACACCAGGGCCAGACAGCUGUAUGAAGCCCACCUACCGGAGAACUUCAGGCGACCACAGACGGACCAAGCAGUGGAAGUCUUUAUCCGGGACAAGUAUGAGAGGAAAAAGUACUACAACAAAGAGGCUUUGGCCACAGCUCAAGAAUAAUUACUCUGUUCAGCUGUUGUGUGGAGAGGCAGUAAGUGGAGACGAUGUGCAAAUCUUGAGGGAGGUAGCUGGAGCCGUGGCGCAUGUAGAAAGGCAGCAAACAGCCAGAUGGCAAAGAAUAAACAAGGAACAGAUAAAGACAAAGCAGAAGUCGUCUGAAGCGACUCCUCCCACCACCUCGCCGUCCUCGCAGACUGACAAGAGCAGACAGGAGAAGGAGCAUGAAAAGAAAAAAGAGGAGAGGAAGAAAGAGAAGGAUGGUGACAAAGUGGAGAGACACAGCAACUCAAAGGCAGAGUACAGAGGCAGUCCUAAGAAAGGCACAGAGCCAGCCGUGGACCUGCUGGGUCUGGAUGCUCCAGAGGGGGGUGGGAAGGGCUCAGGCGGUGCUGCACCAAUUGGUGAUGAACUGGAUAUCUUUGGACCAAUGGUCUCCAACCCGCUCCCCUCAUCCAACAACACACAGCAGGCUCAGUCCGGCUCCAGUAUAGCAAGUCCACAGGUGGACCCCUCCACCUCCUCCUCUUCUUCCUCCUCUACUUCCACCACUACCACGGCGAAGGCAGAGGAGAAGAAGCUUUUAUCUAAAGACUCGAUCCUGUCCCUGUACGCAAGCAGCUCAGUGGGCAGUCAGCCACAAAGCCAGCAACAGCCUGCUCCAGGACAAGGCGGUGUGUACAUGGGCCAGCCUCAGAUGCAGUUCACUCCACAGGGCUACGCCACAGCAGUGGCUGGAAGUAUCCCACCCACCACCACCAUGAUGGGGGGAGGGGCCGUGGUGUCUGGCAUGGCCCUGCCAAAUGGGGGCUACAUGAGCAUGCAGCAGGGUGCGAUGCCUGCCAACCAAGGACAGAACAUGUACAGCAUGCAGCAAGGACAGUGGAAUAUGGGCCAGAUGACCCAGCAGAUGUCAGGCAUGGCUCUGAGUGGUGGAGGGCCUGCGCCAGCUGCUUCCAGCCAAUCAGGCGCCCCUGGGGCCGGUUGGCCCGCAGUUCCAUCGCCAGCUUCAGGCCAGACCCUCAGCACUCAGCUGUGGAAGUGACGAGGAUGGAGUCCAGAGGAUGAGGUGGUGGGGUGGGGAGUGGAGGGCAGCAACAUGGCAAGAAAACAGCCAUAUUUUCCAACCAAUCCAUGUCCUUACAGCUCUGAUUAUAUACAGCAAGGACAGUCCGUGUGCCCCAACACACCUUCUCCGCAGUUCCUUUAGAGGGCCAAGAUGACAUCACAAUGGAUUGAAGCAGUAAAAAGCAAAGCAAAAAAAAAACCUGGCAACCGCUAUGUUGCGUCUAUAGUUAUCUUCCUCUUCUUUUCUGAUUUCCUUUUUGUUGUUGUCGGAAAAAGACAAAGAAAACAAAAGAGAUGUAACAAAGCUGCUGGAGCAAAAACUCCAAGUGUCUGUAAUACUAAGAUGAUAUCAUUACCGAACUGGAUAGUUAGUGAGUAGUCUCUCAGUAUCUGCAGUAGAUAUGGCUGUCUUGUGGUUGGUCUAUGCUACCUGUCCUCUCCCUUCUCUCUACACUGUAUAUUGUAAUGGUCCCUCUUCCUUCCCUCCCUGCUCCUUUAGGGCAAGCACAGCCUCGUAGCAGAUAAUCAUCCAAGCAGUACUGUAUUUAUGUGAAAAAAAAAAUGUGAAUCUCCUGGUUUUUUUCAGAGGCGAGAGGUCAAUGCUUCAGCUCAGAAAAACUUUGGUUCAAGGUUUUUUUAGCCUCUGCUGAAAUGAGGUCUCGGUGACCUGCUAAUACAGUAGGUGUUACUUUUGUUUUUGCACUAAUGAUCAAAUAGUUCAGCCAUUUUCCCUUUGAAACGUGUGAAGUCAAGCUGUCUUGUUACAGUCUCUGUGGGUUCAGCUUAUUCCCACAGCAGACAGUGUACUGAUUACAUACACCAGUGGUUUUCAGUUGUAGGGAAACCACUUGCCCAAGGUUCAUAAUAAAUUUCUGGGUUUAUAGUAGACUUUUUUUUUUUUAAAUAAACAAUUAAAUUGUUCCAUUUUCUUUUCUAUUUUAUGGUUUUUGUUUUGAUAGUAAUACUUUUAUUAUAAAGUAUUAUAUAAUUAUAUAAUAAUAUUUUAAAGUUGGAGAAAUAAAAUAUGUUAUGCUUGGACUUGCUGACAUAUAAUCUUAAACUACUGUUUUCCCCACACAUACACAGAUUUAAAUAUAUAAGUACAUAUUUUCUUGAAAAAAAAAAAGAAGAACCUUAAUGUUUGCUGUAAAGCUUGAAGCUAAGAUGCAGUUAGCUUAAUUUAGCAGACGAUAUGCAGAUAUGCUAAUCUGGCACUGUUCAUAAUGAUCCAAAAAAAACCAAACAAACAAGCAAACUGAAGUCUCUCUUAAGUUAAGCAAAAUCUCUAAUAUAUCACAAUUCAAACAAUUCACACUGUAAAUGUAAAUAUAUUAUCACAGAUUUCCCGAUUUCUAGACUUUGCGUUAUUGUAUGCUGUUAGCUGCUCGGCAAUUGAUUCACAAUUAAGAUGCCAGAGUUACUCGACCCUUAGCUUAUCCUUAUUACAUAUCCGCUUAUAUGUCAGACAAACAUCAAUGUGUGUUGAUUAGAUUAGUUUUCAGUUUUUAUUUUUAUUUUUGACUUUUUAAAACUGUUUCAAAUCUUUCCGUUCAUCUAGUUGCUACAUAGCGCUAGGGCAAUUCUUAACCUACAGGUGCUAGCUAAAAGAUUUUUCUGGAACUGGUCACCGACUCAUCUGCUUAGUUAUCUAGCGACAUAACAGGGACACACUGCAAUAACUGCACUCUUUCAUCUUGAAUACCAUGAACAUACAUCUCUUUAACAAACAGAAGCCAUUAGCACAGUUAGCGUAGUUAUUUACAGGAGCUAAUGUUUAACAAAGCUGAGGCUUUGUUUGACGUCUUUUAUCGUUAUAUGUAUUUAUACACCCAAACACACGUACGUGCAUACACACACAUCUCAUUACCCAGUAUACUUUGUCAACCGAAGGUAAACUUGUCCAUGUUUAUCAAGUUGAUGGCUGCAUUAAAAAAACAACACAAACCUUCAAAUGUCAAACAUUCCCUUUAAGUCUCAGUAAUUGCUGGGCGGUCCCGCAGUCCCCUGGGUGCCUUUGGUAGCCUUGCUGUGAUGUUUUGAAGUGUUUCAAAACCAAAUGAGUUAAGUUUAGUGCAGACUGGGCUCCAACCCAGUUAAAAUAUUCCUUGUUGUUGAAGUGUGCACCGUCUCCCAUGCGCCUUGAGGGAAAUUAAAUCACCACUGGAAUCCUGGGAUCACAGCAGUAUGUCUCAACUAAACUUUAAAUAGCAGAGCAGGUACUGUAUCAGUGGUUGAUUGUGAUUCUGCGUCUCAGAUUUUUGUUAAGUGGUAAAAAAAUAGAAGAACUGGCAGUUUGGUCCCAACUACUGAGUUGGAAAUCUGCCUUUUUAUUUGAAAUUCUGGACCUGUGUGACACCCAAAAUGCUUGUCCUUCCAUGUAUGAUGCUGUAACCGUAUGUUCCGCCAUCCGCCGUGUGAUGUUUUGUUGUGUGUAGUACAAGAAAAGCACAGUUAGUCUGCAGCAAAUAAACCUGGAUGACCAGUCAGAGGGCUAGACUGGUAGCGGGAAUGGGACUGAACAGUGGAAGAUUAAAGUGGACCUGUAUGAAAAUCCUGGAUGGGUUCAUCAUUACAUCAUCAUUACUCUUCAGUUCUCCUAAGAACACACAAGCAAAACACACCUACACACAGAUCACACUGCCGAAUGCCGAUGCAGAGAUUCAUGUCUGUACAGGGUCCCUCUGCCAUGCAAUAACUGUAGCACUCUGUGGGAGAACGUGUAUAACAACAUAUUCUUAAUAACUUAAUGUCAUCCAGGUUUAUUUCCAGUGUGUUUACAUUUUCUGGUGCCUAGUACAGAGAAAAAUAUGUGUUUUAUGCAUUAAAACUGUAAAUAUACAGGAAAUUUUCUGUGAUCAUCUUUAUUUAAUGACUCUAAAAGUAUGGUUUUAUCUUUUUCAGAUCUUUUACUUUUCUCCUUUUUUUCUGAUGCCUGUUUUACAAGUGAGUCGUUUGAAAUAAAAGCUGUUGAAUCCUGGCUAA